AUGGCAGAAGUCACAGUCGAUAGUCUAUAUUUUUUCGGGAGCCAUUGGACAGCCUGGCGUGUCCUGGGCGUGGCUUAUAUUCGUGUCGAGUCCUGGCGGAAUCUGUACCUCUUCUACAGUAUUGUGAUGAAUCUGUUCGUGACCCUGUGCUAUCCCUUUCACCUUGGGAUGUCGCUCUUUCGAAAUCGCACCCUCACCGAAGAUAUCCUCAACCUGACCACCUUUGCGACCUGCACAGCCUGUUCGGUAAAGUGUCUGCUCUAUGCCUAUAAAAUCAAGGAUGUUUUGGAAAUGGAGAGACUUUUGAGGCUACUGGAUAAACGGGUUGUGGGUCUGGAACAACGUGAAAUCUACGGACAGGUGAGGGUGCAACUCCGGAAUGUCCUGUACAUUUUCAUUAGCAUCUACAUGCCCUGCGCCCUGUUCGCCGAGCUCUCCUUUCUGUUCAAGGAGGAACGUGGUCUGAUGUAUCCCGCCUGGUUUCCCUUCGAUUGGCUUAAUUCCACCAGGAACUAUUACAUAGCAAAUGUGUAUCAGAUCGUGGGCAUCUCCUUUCAACUGCUGCAGAACUAUGUGAGCGAUUGUUUUCCGGCGGUGGUGUUGUGUUUGAUCUCCUCCCACAUAAAAAUGCUAUACAAGAGAUUUGAGGAGGUUGGCGUGGAUCCAGCGAAAAAUCCGGAAAGAGAACUAGAGGCCUGCAUCACAGAUCACAAGCAUCUUUUGGAACUUUUCCGUCGCGUUGAGGGCUUCAUAUCGCUACCCAUGUUCAUUCAAUUUACGGUGACCGCCCUAAAUGUCUGUAUCGGCAUUGCGGCCUUGGUGUUUUUCGUCAGUGAACCCAUGGCUCGGAUGUAUUUAAUUUUCUACUCCUUGGCCAUGCCCCUGCAGAUUUUCCCCUCCUGCUAUUUUGGCACUGACAACGAAUACUGGUUUGGACGGCUUCACUACGCCGCUUUCAGUUGCAAUUGGCCCACUCAAAAUAGGAGCUUCAAGAGAAAAAUGAUGCUGUUCGUUGAGCAAUCCUUGAAAAAGAACACGGCUGUAGCGGGUGGAAUGAUGAGAAUCCAUCUGGACACCUUCUUUUCCACCCUAAAAGGUGCCUACUCCCUAUUUACCAUCAUUAUACGGAUGAGAAAGUGA